UCCUAAAACGACAACAAACUCUGUUUUUAACGUUAGCUGACAUCGUUUGUUUCCCAUAUUAGUGAACAUUUCUUUACUCCAUAACAUCACCAGAGAAGAAGAAAUGGAAAAUGUGCAUUUGGCUGUAGAGGAGGAUGAUCUUUACUCGGGUUAUAACGACUAUAAUCCGACAUUUGACUCCGAGGAGUUGGAGAAUGACGUGGGCUUCCAGCAAGCAGUAAGAACAAGUCAUGGACGAAGACCUCCGAUGACUGCCAAAUUUCCUGGCACUGCCAUGGGAGCUCGGCCCUUAGCUUCUUCCUUUGGAUCCCGGAUGCCUUUAGCCUCUUCGAUGGGCAGACCCAUGACAGGAGCUGUGCAGGAUGGGGCAGCCCGACCAAUGACUGCUGUCAGAGCAGCAGGUUACACUUCUUCCCUGACCCGUGGCUCGACCUUUGACCCUCUGGGCCAGUCCAAAGGUCCAGCACCUCCACUUGAAGCAAAGAAUGAGGACACGCCUGAGGAGAAGAUCAAGAUCCUGGAGAAGAAAGUGAAUGACCUGAUAGAAGAGAGCUGCAUGGCGCAGAGCAUAGGGGCCUUACAACUGGCUCUUGAAAAAGCCAAAGAGGCAGGAAGGAAGGAGCGAGCGCUGGUCAGACAGAGGGAGCAGUCGGGCAAUGCAGACCACAUCAACUUAGACCUCACCUACUCUGUCUUGCUCAACCUUGCCAACCAGUAUGCAAACAAUGAAAUGUACCCAGAGGCCCUGAACAGCUACCAGGUCAUUGUGAAGAACAAGAUGUUCAGUAAUGCAGGUCGUCUGAAAGUCAACAUGGCCAACAUCUACUUCAAACAGAAGAACUACCCCAAAGCCAUCAAGUUCUACCGAAUGGCCCUGGAUCAGAUCUCCAACACUCACAAGGAAAUGAGGAUCAAGAUCAUGCAGAAUAUUGGCGUGGUCUUUGUGCGCAUGGGCCAGUACUCUGACGCCAUAACAUCUUUUGAGCACAUCAUGAGCGAGAGUCCCAACAUCAGGACGGGCUUCAACCUCAUCCUGUGCUACUACGCUAUCGGCGACAGAGAGAGGAUGAAGAAGGCCUUUCAGAAGCUCAUCUCUGUUCCUCUGGGGAUUGAUGAUGAAGACAAGUACAUCCCAACAAAUGAUGACACCAACUCAAAUAUGGUCAUUGAGGCCAUUAAAAACGACAAGCUACACCAGAUGGAGAGAGAUCUAAAAGUCCUGGCAGAGAAGUACAUCAUGACUGCAGCCAAGCUCAUCGCUCCGGCAAUCGAGACUUCUUUCGCUACUGGAUUUGACUGGUGUGUGGACAUGGUGAAGAGCUCCCAGUAUGUUGAGCUUGCCAACGAUCUAGAAAUCAACAAAGCCAUCACCUAUCUCCGACAGAAGGACUUCAACCAGGCAGUGGAAACACUGAAGACAUUUGAGAAGAAGGACAGCAGAGUGAAGAGCGCUGCAGCCACUAAUCUCUCUUUCCUCUACUUUCUGGAGAAGGACUAUGACCAGGCUGACAGAUAUGCCGAUCUCGCCAUGAACGCCGAUCGCUACAACCCCGCAGCGCUUAUCAACAAGGGCAACACAGUGUUUGUCAAACAGGACUAUGAAAAGGCUGCAGAGUUCUACAAAGAAGCACUGAGGAAUGAUUCCUCAUGCACCGAAGCCCUCUACAACCUGGGUCUGACCUAUAAGAGGCUGAAUCGCCUGGAGGAGGCUCUGGACUGUUUCCUGAAGCUUCAUGCCAUUCUGAGGAACAGCGCCCAGGUCAUGUACCAGCUGGCCCACCUUUAUGAGCUCCUGGAGGAUCCCCAGCAGGCUAUCGAGUGGCUGAUGCAGGUCAUCAGUGUGACUCCCACUGACCCCCAGGCUCUGGCCAAACUGGGAGAGCUGCACGAUGGUGAAGGAGACAAAUCCCAGGCUUUCCAGUACUACUAUGAGUCCUUCAGGUAUUUCCCCUCCAACAUCGAUGUGAUUGAGUGGCUCGGGGCUUAUUACAUCGAGACACAGUUCUGUGAAAAGGCCAUCCAGUACUUUGAAAGAGCCACACUCAUACAACCCACCCAGGUGAAGUGGCAGCUAAUGGUAGCAAGCUGUUACAGAAGAAGUGGAAACUACCAAAAAGCUCUGGAAACUUACAAAGACAUCCACCGCAAGUUUCCAGAAAACGUGGAAUGCCUGCGUUUCCUGGUGAGGCUGUGCACAGACAUGGGAUUGAAGGAAGUCCAAGAUUACGCCACCAAGCUGAAGAAGGUGGAAAAGAUGAAGGAGAUCAGAGAACAGAGGGUGAAGUCUGGACGGGAAGGCAGCGCCAGAGGUCGGAGAGAAGGCAGAGAGGGCAGCGCAGGGAGCGCUGCAGGCAUCUCCACACCUGUCCUCACCUCUCCUAAGAAGUCCAGCAUUAUGGACGAUGUCAAAGCAGAAUCUAAGCAGUUGAGUCCAGUGUUGGACUCAGGGAGAGACAGUGGCCACAGCAGCAGCAGCACUAAAGGAGAACGUCUGAGCGCCAAGAUGAGAUCUCUUCCUGGUUCUAACGAGCCCUACGAGACCAGCAGCCCCAAAGAACUCGAUGCUUCCUACGUGGAUCCACUUGGGCCUCAGAUGGAGAGACCAAAGACAGGAGCCAAGAGGCGAGUUGAGGAUGACGACUUUGCCGACGAAGAGCUGGGAGACGACCUGCUGCCGGAGUAGCUGCUUCAGCCUGCAACUCAUUAUCAGGACGUUUUCUGUUUUGGCACCGUUGUCAGGCAAGAACACAAAAACCUCACCACAAAACCAGAACAUUUUAAACUCAGACCUUCUGCAGAUCUUUAUAGAGUUCAGAGACUCCUCAGAGUCGAGGACUGAGAUGUUUUUACUCCUGUCAGUCCGAUCAUCUGAGUCACUUUCUCUGAAAAAACAGAUCAUUUUGUUAAAGGUACGUGUUUACACAGUGCAGUCUGGAAGUAUCUGGACAGUUUUCUUGUGGCUCUGUGGUCCAGCACUGGCUUUGGAAUGAAACUAUGAGGUUAAAGUGUUUUUAACUUCAAUUUGAACAUAUUUAAAUUCAUAUCUGAGUGCAGAGAUUACUUGUGGACAUACUGUUCCUAAGACGUUUUACUGUCACCCUGUGUGUUGGAGUUUGGUGCCAAACGAAUGAAAAACAUUUGUCCAUCCUAAUACUUUUAAAUGCACUGUAUGUUUCCAUGUGUGAGUCUGGAAAAUCCAUCAACAUGAUGCACCAAACAUAUGUAAUCCAUCCAUUUCAGUCCCUGUUUCAUUUACAUUUUGUAUUUAUUCCAAAAAUGAACAUCAAAAUUUGCAUUAAAAUAUGUAUUUAUUUCUUUGUUGCUUGUUAUA